GUUGCAUGCGUUGACGAAAUUAGUAUAUAUAAAUGGAGAACACCGGCCGAAAUACGAGCGUUGCCUAAUAGCAAAGGAUCGUGUGAAGACAAGGCUGGUUCUGCUAAGGUUAGCAAGCUAAGCUAAUCCUGACAGUGCGAGGCUCGUGCAGCACCGGGACUGGAGUAAGCGCGAGGCCGAGUGAGGCGCGUGCUGGAGCGCGUUACUCGUUACGCUGCGCGGGAGGAUUAAGCAGGCCGACGCUAAUGUUACAGAGAGGUCCAGCCCUGGGAUGUAUGAAGGGAAACACAUCCAUUAUUCGGAGGUCGAUCGCAAGCCUCUCUGUUCAUACAGCCCAAAACUCUGCAAACAGCGCAGGCUUAAUGGGUACGCUUUCUGCAUCCGCCAUGUUCUGGAGGACCAGAGUGCCCCUUUUAGGCAAUGUGAAUAUGUAGCCAAGUACAACAGUCAGCGCUGCACCAACCCCAUUCCCAAAACACAGGACCGCAAAUUUUGCAACAGUCACCUUCAGGUCAUGGGAGUUCUGCCUAAAAAAGAAAGAAAGAAGAAACAGGACACUCUUGAAUCUUUAGCCCUUAACAUCACUGUGCCAUCCCUUGCUCUCAAGGCCCCUAAUAAUCUGGGCCACUUACCCUUGCCUUCACCGUCCUCCCUCGCUUCUCUGCUUCCCUUGGACCCAUACUCCUUUAUUAAAGUUGAUAAAGGUGGUGUAAAGAAAGAAGGUCCUAGCCCAGGGAAGAAAGCCCUGAACUGCCCAGCUCAGAAUCAAAAACAGAAAACUAAAGGUCAUGCUGUAUCCUCAGCCCUAUCUCAGCAUUUCAGCUUCCACCCUCUGUGUCCUUCUAAACAAACUGUAGCUCCUUCUAAACAAACUCAAGCUCUUUCUCCAUCCAAACCCCCACUGACACCAACUUCAACACACAUUAAACCUGCAUCACAGACAUUAUGCAUGAGAACACCUGUCCCAGUUAGCCAUCAGACCUUGAUUAGGCCAACUACCACCACCAACCUCAAUCCCAAGACCAAGCAUGAGCAAUGCACAGAGCCCAAUCCCUCCAAGAAAGAUGUACCCACAACUCCAGGUCGAUCAGCAUACGGUAAGAGGAUGGCUGGGAAUCCAGCAUGUUUGGUGGAGCUCAACAGAUUGAUGGAAGAGCAGAGAAGAAGCCAAGAGGAUCUAAGGCUUGAUUUUGAUCUGGACUGGUCUGAGGACAGUGGAGAGGAGCGAGAGAGCCAGGUGGAGAGACUAGCGUCAUCUCAGUAUAGGAGUUUACUGGAAAAAUGGCAUGGAAAAAGUGCUAGUGAGUCUAGUACCCGUGGAGAGCGUCUGGCUGGCUUAUGCUCCUAUUUGAGAUUAAGACACAGAUACCUGUGUAAAGAAGAAAGAAGUUUAAGGAGAGAAAGGAAAUCACAUCACAGCGUUCGUAAAGCUCUGCUUCAAGCAGCCACACGCUACCCUGAUGCCACAGCUCGGUUAAUUCAGGAGUGCCAUCCUCAAAUUUCAGCAAGCUCAAGUUCCGCAGAUUCAAAGGCAAGCAGCUCAAACUCAGGACUGUGUGUGGCCCAGAUUGAUGGUGAAAACUGCACUAAUCACUCUUUGCCCUUCACCAGGCACUGCUUCAAACAUAUCCUGCAGAGCAGAUCACAGCAACUGUUCUCCAGCUGCACUGCACGGUUUGCGGAUGGGGCACAGUGUUCUGUCCCAGUCUUUGACAUCACACACCAGACGCCACUCUGCGAGGAGCAUGCCAAGAAAAUGGAUAAUUUCCUUCGUGGAGAUGUCAGUCGCAGAACGUACCAUCACCAACAGCAGCUGCAGCAGCGGAGGCGGUUGAAAAAAGCCAAACUUCCCACUAUAAGCAAAAAACACAAGAAGAAGGGUUCGAAAUCAGCAGUACGCCAGCCUAAGAAGCCUGUUCCUCCUGCGGAGCCCCAGGGCAACCUGUGCCUCCCCACACAGCCCACUGGCAUUAGGAGUCCCCUGACACCAGAUCUAAGUGCUGAUGAGCUGCCCGAUGACCUCACUAGUGACAUCAGUGACAUUCCUCAUGACCUGGAACUGAAUCAGGAGGACUUCUCAGAUGUUUUGUCCAGAUUCCCAGAUGAUCUGCAGGAUUUUGAUCUGUUUGAAGGUAAGUCCAGUGAGCUUUUACCCACGUCUGAGGAAGCGGAGGAGCUGGUGCGUGUCCUGCAGGACAUGGGCACCUACCCAGAAUCGCUGGCAUGCUUGAGCAGCAUGGUUGAGCUUGGCCCGGUGGAAGGCUCAGACUGUCGAGGGAUGGAGGGAGGCGUCAUAGACCUCCUCGGCACCCCUCUGUCAGCCGAGACUCUUUCUAAUCUGGAGCUUGAUCCUAGCCUGCUUCCAAUCACAGAUGAUGCCUUCUCUCCUUCUCCUAACUCCUCAUCUUUUUCUCAAAUUUCCAUGCGGGACAGCACACACUCACAGAGACCUCAGUUGGCGCACACAGAUGACCCCAAAGAUGAACUUGACGACAUUUCUCAUGGCUCCUGGGGUGUCCUGGCUUUGCCUCUCAGCGACUCGACACAACUCCAUAGUCUCAUCGGCUCAGAAGGCCUGCUCAUGUCUACGUCCUUGUCCACCCCACCUACACCCAUGCCGACCGCCCCCUGUCAACCCACCACCACUCUUUCUGCACUUCCUGAGAGCAGCCUGACCAUUCCAAUUACUUCAUCCGCUUCCUCGCCCCGAGCUGACUUUUGGUUAAGCGGGCAGCUGAAACACACUUUGCCCUCACUGUUCAGCCACUGUGGAAUUCCAGCUGACCUGCAGCCUCACCACAGCACACCAGCGCCCACCAUGGACCAGACCUGAGUCGCUAUUUGGAAUGCGUACACAUGUACAUUUUUCAGUAUUCAGGAAAGGCUUCAAUUUUAUAACACACGGGUUCUUUGGUUUCCUGACUUCUCCUAAUUAUUUCUUACUCGCACAUCCAAUAGCAAUAAGGAACCCCACUUGGGAUAUGUUUUCUAUUCUAUUCAAAAUCAAACAUAGCGCAUCAAAUGAGAUGGAUUUUAGCGAAUUAGGUAUAACACUUGUAUUCUUAUAUACGUAUUUAAUAUAUUUAUAGUGAUAUGCACAGCUAGUUUUAUGGAUGAAGUGUUGUUUACUGGUGAAAAUUUGGUUACUUGUGUAGAAAUGAUAUAAAAUGGUUAUGUGAUAGAGAAACAUGAUGUGCAAAUGUUUUAAGUAGGGGUGUAACAAUACAUCUUAACACAAAGGGCAAAAUGUCACAGUGGGUAUUGUGGAGGUGUAAGGCAGGUAUGAAUUGAGGUAGAUGUCGAUAUGAACU